GCCUGUCCCCGCUGACAGCUCGCUGCUGCACCGCACGGAACUGCACCGACACCCGGCGACGUGUCAGCGACCUUCUUACUUUAUCAGUGUAAGCUCACACGUGAAGUGACUUUGGCCUUUGACUUGGCUUACUGUCUUUUUAUAGCUGAUAAGCCUGGUAGCUAACUAACUAGCCAGCCUCGGUAACGGACGGCGGAACAACUUGAUAGCGGGUUAGCCACCGGGACCCUCCCAGCACCGGGAGCGUUAGCUACUCCACUCUCUCGGAUGUCAACCUGAAAGCUAACAGUGCUGCUAUUGUUUACAUGGACGGCAGCGACCUGAGGCUGCUGUCUGCGGGCACGAGGUGGUCCUAACGGGGCUGCACGACCCACACCAACAACAUAGGAAUGGAACUAGGAGGUAGCUAACCACAAUCCACCUGCGCUGAAAUGAGGACGAGCUGGUCUCUGGAGGAGGACGGCUGUGCCUGUAGGACUGUUUGAUUUUUGCGUGGGCGCUGGGCAAAGAACAGGGGUCUGUUUACCCUUAUUGAUCUGAUGUAAGAACACACCAGGAGAGACGGGGCUUACGAGUUUAUGGGAAGAUGGACCCCCCCUCUGGAGUAGGGAUGAUGCUGAAGUCACUCGUGAUGAUCAGCGUUUUUGGCUGGGCGGCAUGUCAGGAGAGUCAGACCAUGACUAAAGAGGAGAAGACUGUCAUCAGGCACCAGAUUGUUGAAAUGUUUGAUCAUGCUUAUGGCAGUUACAUGAAAUAUGCCUACCCGGCAGAUGAGCUGAUGCCUCUAAGCUGCAGAGGCAGAGUCCGUGGUCAGGAGCCCAACCGAGGGGACAUAGACGACUCCCUGGGGAAGUUUUCUCUCACUCUGAUUGACACCCUCGAUACCCUGGUGGUGUUGAACAAACUCGAUGAGUUUGAGGAUGCCGUGCGGAAGGCUGUGCAGGAUGUUCGGCUCGACAAUGAUGUUGUGGUGUCGGUAUUUGAGACAAACAUUCGAGUCUUGGGUGGGCUCCUGGGUGGCCAUGUGAUGGCCGACCUCCUGCGGCAGCGUGGAGAGAGGAUGCAGUGGUAUCGUGACGAACUCCUACACAUGGCCAAAGAGCUGGGCCAUCGGCUGCUGCCUGCUUUUAACACCACAAGUGGCCUUCCAUACCCAAAGGUGAACCUGCGCUAUGGCGUUCUUAACCCUCUCUCACGCACAGGCACAGAAUCGGACACGUGCACAGCGUGCGCAGGAACAAUGAUCCUGGAGUUUGCUGCCCUCAGCAGACUGUCAGGAAAUUCUGUGUUUGAGGAGCAUGCCAGGAAGGCUCUGGAUGUCCUCUGGGAGAGGAGACAGAGAGGGAGUGAUUUGGUGGGGACUGUUAUCAACAUCCACAAUGGGGAGUGGGUCCGGAGGGAUAGUGGAGUUGGUGCUGGUAUCGACUCGUACUAUGAAUAUCUGAUGAAGGCCUACAUUCUUCUUGGGGACAGUGUUUUUCUGGACAGGUUCAACAUUCACUACAGCGCGAUUAUGAAGUACAUCAGUCAGCCGCCCCUGCUCCUCAACGUGCACAUGCACAACCCCACUGUGAGCGUGCGGAGCUGGAUGGAUUCACUCCUGGCGUUUUUCCCUGGCUUACAGGUUCUGAGAGGAGACCUGAAACCAGCCAUAGAAACACAUGAGAUGCUUUACCAAGUCACCAAACAGCACAAGUUUCUUCCAGAGGCAUUCACCACAGAGUUCAGAGUUCAUUGGGGCCAACACCUCCUGAGACCAGAGUUCGCGGAGAGCACCUACUACCUCUAUAAGGCCACUGGCGACCCGUACUACCUCAGAGUGGGACAAUCCAUCGUGGAGAAGCUCAACGCCUACGCCAGGGUGCCUUGUGGGUUUGCUGCUGUGCAGGAUGUUCGCACGGGGACGCACGAAGACCGGAUGGACUCCUUCUUCCUGGCAGAGAUGUUUAAAUAUCUGUACCUGCUGUUCUCGGAGAAGAGCCAGCUGCCCAUUGAUAUAGACGACUACAUCUUCACCACCGAGGCUCACCUCCUGCCCGUCUCUCUGUCCACCACUCAGCCAGCCUGUCAGGGGAAUACUACAGAGGUGUUUCCUGUUCCUCAAGAGGAAGAUCUGUUCACACACUCUUGUCCCAGCACUGAGACACUUUUCCCAAACAACCCUUCCUUUGCCAAAACCAUUCGGGACGGCUACAAGUAUCUGACUGGCGUGGGACGAGCCUUCCACCCUCUGCCUAUCAGGGAAAUUGAGCUGCCGCUCCAUGAUAACGGCAUGGAGCCGGUGGAGUUCCUGAAGAGCAUGGGCAUUUCCCUCACUCCGCUCAGAGAGGUCACGGGAGGAGUCGACGGAAGUCAUCGGGAGCAUAAAGGCGUGUACCGAGUGAAGCUGGUUGCGGAGGUCAGCCAGGCACCGGAGGAGGAGGUGGUGGUGCCUCAUGCCGUUCAGCUCAUAUCGCCCCCCUUCCUGGGCAGGACCGUCCUCACAGCCGGACCUGCCAAGUUCGGCAUGGACCUGACCAAGCAGGAGCACGGGGUGAAGGGCAGCAUCGUGAAAGCUUCCCCCUACACUGCAUGCGGACCAAUAGAUAAUGCAGUGGAGCUCAAAGGCCGUAUCGCUCUGGCUCUGCGUGGCGACUGCAUGUUUGCUGCAAAGGCCCGCUGGCUGCAGGGUGCCGGGGCCAUCGGAGUCAUCUUUAUAGACCACCGCGAGGGAAGCAACAGCGAUGAGACUCCCCUCUUCCAGAUGGUCGGUGACGGAGACCCGACUGAGGACCUCACUCUGCCUCUGGUCUUCCUGUUCAGCCGCGAGGGCGCCGUGCUGACGGCUGCUCUGGAGGAACAUCACAACGUGGACGUGCUGAUGCUGCCGAAGGAGAGGCAGCUCGGCCAAGAUAAAUCAGAAAAAUCCAUCAGCAUGAACAUAAAGCUGCGCCUGGCGGAGGAGGGGGAGCUGGAGGACGGCGCAGCUCGAGUCCCCACCCUGGAGUUUGUUUUGGAGAACGAUGAGGUGCUUCUCAAAGAAGAAGUGGAGGAAUUAGAACCCGUGGAGAUCAAACAUUUGCCGCCGGGUUAUAGGCUCUGCACAGAAACGGCAGAAAUCGACAGAACUGAAGCAGAAGAUCCUUCCCAAACGGAGAAUUCAAACACUGGAUCAGACGAAGACCCUUGACCACCGCGGCCCAGCUCCCUAAACGCUGGUCCUGAGUCAGUGUCUGAGUGGCGCGUACCUCAGAGCCCCUCACUGCCCGGCAGCACACAGCCCACAUGUUUACACCCGACGGACGGAGGCCGGACGAGGAGCGGCACGGCCCCGCUCACAUCCCGUCUUGACUUUGAAAGGUGGUUCUUUAUUUCUGUGUGGAGUCGUGUGCGGUGCGGGAAAGGAGGGCGUUUGUGAUCCGGUGGUGUAAAACGAGGCCUUGGACCAAAAACUAGCGGUUCAGAAGGAUGAGAUGUUACUGCCUCAACCUAAACCCUGCCUGUAGUGAUUCUGUCGUAGGCGCUUGUGAGGCGUUCGCGGUGAUAUAGAUAAACUAAAACCUCACCAGAAUAAACAGUCAAGGCAGCGAAGAAAAAAAAACAACAACUGCGUGCGGUUUGUUUAUGCAAUCACGAUUCACUUCAAGUCGAACCCUAAACUUUCACCUUUCACCUGUUCUGUUUGGACAUCAAGUGAAUGGCCAGUAGGUGGCGGUAAGCUACCCAAACUACUCAGUUACAUGCUGAAUGAAGGACAGGAGCAGAGACUGAAAGUUUAGCUGGGAUCUUGCUAAUGAGCACUUCAGGGAAUUUCAAGAGUGAAUGCAGUUUGCUAGUUAAACCCAUUUGAAGAAUCGUUUGUAUGUGUGUGUUUUGCAUUUGUUUCUUUGCUAUAGUGUGUGUGUGUGUGUGUGGUAUGUAAACACCUAAGAGAUAAUCCAAAUUGAAAUGUUUUUCAAAUGAAGCCUUCCUGUGUUUUAUAAGCUGGUCACGCUAAAGUCGCUUUGUUCAACCACUUUUUUUUUUCUUAAUGUAAUCCUAAUGAGGAUUAUUUUAAGGGAAAAAAAUGAAGAACAGAAACUUGGGAAUAAAACUGGAGUGGCCCUUUUAACUUUUCAACUUUGUUUGAAGAUGUAACAUAAAAACAUCUUUCAUGUAGUUUUCCCCUCUCGUUGCACUAAUUCACUGUCUUACCACAAUCAUGUCGUGCAGAAACAACUGAUUCAGCCUGUUUUUAGCAUUUGUUUGUGUUUUGUGCACCAAAUGAUUUAGACUGCCAAAACUCCUUCAUUGUUGCACUGUGUGAGUAUGUGGUGUUUAUGAUGAAUUCAGGCAAAUGGAAUCGGGUCAAAUGGAAUCGGUGAUAAGAGUUGGAAGAUGUUUUCCCUCUUCUCCAAGUGGCUUCAUCAGUUCGUGUUGGCAAUUUUACGAGCCACCUUUUGGAGUUCCCACACCGUUUUGAGGACUCUCAUCUUGAAAUUGUCAAAAGAUAUGUGGACUUAGUACAAGCUAAAGAAGCCACUUGGAUAAGGAAGUGAAAAACCUUCCAGUAGACCUGUCCAAGUCCAGUUUACUGGAUUCAGUUUGCUUCGAGAUGCCUCAUAAUUAGGCGAAUUUGAAUAUGCAUGUAAGUAGGCAAGGUUAUUUUUUUUCAGCACCUUUCUGAAACAAGGGACAUCACAGUGCUUUAGAAGUGCUUGAAAAUAUAAAUGAAAAUUACAUUUUUAAAAAAGUCAUUAACAGCAAGACAAAUAGAAAAAUUACAGGAAUCGUAUCAGCAAAGAUAAUGUAGUCGUAGACAAAUCCAAUAGCGACGGAGGAUUAUAGCACUAAGUGAAAUCACUACUCCACUGAGCAGCAGUAAACAUGAGUGUUGAUUGAUGAAAUGAUUGAUUUUCAUUACAGUUUCUACAAGGUGAUUGUCCAAGCAAAUCAAAUAGUAAUAUUUAUCAGGUUUGCUGGGUCCAGCAUUGUGUUUGCACCCUUCGAAAUGGAAUCAUGAACUUGUUUGACUAAGCAUUUAUCUAUUUUGUAAAAACUUAAAUGUGAUGUUUAUGAGGCUCUCACUCUACACAGACCAUCUCACUGGUAUAAACAUGUUUUCUUUUAUUGUAUUCAGAAAUCCUCAACAUUAAAUUUAACUUUAUCAGAUUUUUUUCAGCACUUACUUAAUACUCACUGGUAUACUGUUUGAUUUUUUUUUUCUUGUGGUACAUUAAAAUGCACAUUUUGUUUGUUUUGCUUAUGAGCAAAUUUAGCAUCUUAAUCCAACUGGAUGUUUUCUUUUUGUUUAGCCUUUGUGUCAGGCUUUGCCAACCCUUACACCUCAGGACUAUGUUUGUUACUGUUCAUGCAAUUUAGAGGACCAUGGACAAAAAAA